AUGUCCGAUCCCUACUACAACCAGCCGCCUCCCGGAGGAUAUCAGCAAGGAUAUCCUCCCCCGCAAGGAGGACAGUAUUAUGGGGGGGGCCAGUACAACCAACAUGCAACCCCGCCGCCAUAUGGACAACAACAUGCUUCGCCUCAUCCGCCCCAGGAUCAGGGUUAUGGGUAUGGCGGUGGCUACCAACAACCUCCUCAAGCUCAUGGACAAUAUCCACCCCCUGAGCAGGGCCAUGCUGCGGGGCAGUACCCGCCGUACAACGAUGGGAACCGUGGACCAGGCGGCGCUGCGCAUGAUUACUAUAAUGCCGGAGCACCCCAAUAUCAGCAGCCGCAGCAACACGGUGCACCACCGCCGCAUUACGGCGGAGGCGGAGCACCACCACCUGGCGCACCAGAUGCACAGGGUCAAGACCGCGGUCUAGGAGGCACCCUGCUCGGCGGUGCUGCCGGCUACUACAUGGGACACCAGGCGAACCAUGGAUUGCUGGGCGCAGUGGGCGGUGCAGUUGCCGGAAACGCCCUUAGCAACAAGCUGGACGACAAAAAGAAGAAGAAGAAGAAGCACGGCGACAGUCAUGGCCAUGACCAUCAUCAUAGUCAUCACCGGAGCAGCUCGAGUAGCAGCAGCUCUUCGUCUUCGUCGAGUGGGAAGGACAAGAAGCAUAAGCACAAGCAUAAGAGACGCGGCAGCUCUUCUAGCUGA